CACCCAUUCUUCACUGACCAAAAUUUCCCCGUUCAAAAUAACACUCAACCCUUCCGUCAACCUUUCACAUUGUUCAAAAUGGCUACUGCACGUACAGCAAUCGUCAACCGGGACACCAAUGAAACGAAAAUCAAGCUGUCUCUGUCUCUUGACGGCGGAGUUUUGCCCGAGUCCAGCGAUGCCGAAGUAGAGAACAAAUCGGAAAAGUCCCAUGCUUCUCAAGCUUCGGCAUCUCAAUCAAUUUCAGUCGAUACCGGUAUUGGUUUCCUUGAUCACAUGCUGCAUGCUCUCGCAAAACACUCUGGGUGGUCGUUGAAGUUGGUGACACGAGGCGAUUUGCACAUUGAUGACCAUCACACGGCGGAGGACACUUUCCUCGCCCUCGGCCUCGCUGUCAAGCAGGCGCUCGGCGCAAAUGUUGGUCUUGCUCGCUUUGGUUAUGCGUAUGCGCCGCUAGAUGAAGCUCUUUCGCGAGCUGUUGUGGAUGUGUCCAAUCGGCCGUACUGUGUCGUCGAUCUCGGCCUACGACGCGAGAAGAUUGGCGAUCUAAGCACCGAGAUGAUCCCGCACUGCCUGCAGAGCUUUUCGCAGACCGCCGGAUUGACAAUGCAUGUCGACUGCCUGCGGGGCGACAACGAUCACCACCGCGCGGAAAGUGCAUUCAAGGCUUUGGCUCAGUCGUUGCGUAUGGCCAUGACCCGUGUCAAGGGCAAGGAAGGAGAAGUCAUGAGCACCAAGGGUGUGUUAUAAUAACACCCAUGCAUCUACCUUUCGUUUCACAUAGAUUGGGAGUGGGAGAAUACGGGGGCUGCUUCAUACGAUGAAAAGCGUUGUAUAUAUCUAGCGAUCAAUUUUCUUACAUGAUUUGGACAAUGCAAUAUGCGCACGACGCAAUCAUAAUUGACAGAUUUGCUUUGCUGGGCAGACCAGACGCCCUUUCUCUAUCGAAUUCUCCUUUGACGAAACAAAACAGAGCGCCAAAAACACCGACAGAAAGAAUCGCUUCAUUGGAUAUGAAUGUGAAAGAAAAAUUUUAACCCAUCUUGCCUG